GUCGGUAACACCUCGGAUAUAGCUAGGAGAACGUGUACAGCUGGCUCGGGGAACUGUUACUGUCAAAAACUGGACAUAAAUUGUGGACUCAACACAACAUUUCGUGCCUAUUUUUUCUUCUUUGGUCAUUUUUUACCAGACAAAUAUCUGUGUUCUGAUUGUCAGACUUUGUUCUUCAUUCAUGUGACUACCCGAGAUCAGUGACCACAAAAUGGAUAAUAUGUCCAGACACAAGAGAAGCUUGACCGCUCCACCGAGUGGUUCCAACGAACACCUAGACUCAAUCAAACCCAGCGUGAGUAUAUCUGAGCCGGUGUUGAAGAUAUCCCUCGGAGAUCGCAAAAAGAGCAUGACACCGAGUUUACGAUCCCGGGGGUCAGGAUCCGGGGGACCCACGCUUGGUGUUAGCAGUGCCAGAAGGUUUAGUCGGAGAAUGUCAACCAGGGCCCCGAUAAAAAGGGAGGACACGCAGGGGUCUUCCUUAAACCUACAGUCUGUGAGCCUCAGACAGGAACCUACGUACAAGAUGGCACCGGAAGUCAAGUUUUCCGCCCGCUCAGUGGAAGACAUCAUCAAGGAGACCCUGCAUCGGAGCCUGGAGAACUACACAUACGACAAGCGACAGACCCCGACGUUUGGGAAGAUUCUGAGUGACGAUAUCAAAGACCGCGUCAAGCGGCUGAACUUUGACCGCUACAAGAUCGUCUGCUUGCUUGUGAUUGGUGAACAACAGGGACAGGGUCUGCAGAUGUCCAGUCGAUGCCAAUGGUUCCCAGAUACUGACACUUUUGCAUCAUAUACUUUCAAAAAUUCCGAUAUAUUUUGCGCAUGCACUGUGUACGGUAUAUACGCAGAAUGAUUUCUAUUAGUACUUGCCAAAACCUGAGAUUUUAUGUUGUAUCGGUAUUGCAUCUGUGGUAUCGUGUUUGGUAUUGCAAAGUUUAACUUGUUGAUCACUGUUAUAAUGAAAGUGUGUCGACAAGAUGUGAGUAGAUUUGCAUACAUUGCAUACGUAAUUAGACAGGAACGAUUCGAAAUAAGGACAUUUAUAUAUACGCGGUAUCAUAUGUUUCAUCCAACUACAUGUAUACUUGAUAUUCGCGGGGUUUUUUUUCCAUUUCAUUCUACCCGUUUACCUACGUAAUAAAGCCAAAGGUUUUAAACCACAUGUAAAAGUAUUAAACGAUUACUAGAACUAAAUCUAGAAAUAGAAAAUGCCGAACUCGUAAAUAAUAGCACACAAUGUCCCCAGUAAUUAAUUGUAAUUCUAGAUCCAAAAGUCUUUAGUCUUUGAACCGGCCAUUAUGUGACUUCUUCUCUCGUUAAUCCGUUUGUUAAUCCUUUCUGGAGAUUUACGACAAUUAAGAGCUUUCGUAGCCCAGUCUCUAUGGGCAACCGCGUGUUUAAAAGCUAUCAGUUACUAAAGUUUCUACUUUUUGCCUGUUUGGUUUAAAAUCCAUAUUUUUAAUUAAUAUAUUGAUUUUUUUCUGUUGAUUUCUCUCUAAAACCACUGUGUGGAUACAGAUUGAUAUUCAAUAGGCGACAAACGAUGACAUUGAUUCUUGGCCUUUAUGUUAUUUUGGAAUAAAUUGAAUUUUCAAAGCUGAUUUGAGGUUCAUGACAAAAACCUCAAUGUAAAUAUUGAUUGUAAACACUAAUACCAGCAAUUAACGGAAAGUGGGAUGCUAGGUACUAUUUUCCUCACAGGCAUUUUAUGCCACUGUAUGAUUAAAACGUUGAACUUUAUAUUUAAAUGGACCCAGUUUCCUCUAACGUAAUGUUUGUUGUACUUUCUGUGCAUUGUCCAUACAUAAUACACGAUAUUUGCUAUAGUCAUGUCAGAAAUUGUUUGUUUAUUAAUGAGAUUUAUACUUUGUUCACCAUAUAAGUAAAAUAAAAUUGAGAUUUAAAAAA